AAUAAAUAAAAAUAAUAUUGAUAAAAAACAAGGAGCGAAGUGUGCACUGAGCGCUUACUGAGCGAAGAUACGAGUUCUGUGAAAAUACCGAAGAUACCGACGAGGAUGCUGAUACUGCGAUGAAGUUACCUCAUUUCACAAUUCACAUACCUAUCUAGUUAUUUCUUCUGCGCGGAAGAAUCGAGCGAUUAAUUUCAAAUUUGCAGAAUACCAUGCGAUAAAGGUGGGAGACUCGAAUUCGGAAUUCACUCGACUCACGACUGCGUUACUGCGAAGAUGACGGUAGAUGCGGAAUAUGUUCGAAAGGUUGGUGCCGAAUUGAAAAACGCGCGAUAUCCUCUAAAGAGAAGAUUCCGAGCUCUCUUCACGCUGAAAAAUUUGAAAAAUGACGAAUCCGUGCGAGUCAUUAGCCAGUGUUUCGACGACAAAUCGGCUCUACUGAAACACGAACUGGCUUAUUGUUUAGGUCAAAUAAAUCUUCCGUCGGCGGUGUCCACCCUGAUUCGAGUACUGGAAGACGAAGAGCAGCAGCCUGUCGUCCGUCACGAAGCUGCCGAAGCGUUGGGAGCCAUCGGCGAUAAACGGGCGAUUAACACGUUGCGCAAAUUUCAAACGAACCGUGUUACCGAAAUAGCGGAAACCUGCGAAAUAGCGUUGGGGCGACUGGAAUUUUUGGACCACGGCGGCGCGGUAGACUCCAACAUGUACGGUACCGUCGAUCCCGCUCCUCCGAGCAGCGUCACCGAUCUACCAACGUUGACGGAAAUGUAUUUGAAUGAGAAUCUCGGCAUAUUCGAACGCUAUCGAGCUAUGUUCGCGUUGAGAAAUUUGAAUACCAACUCCAGCGUGGAAAUAAUCGCCAAAGGUUUCAGUUCGAAGAGCGCGCUCUUUCGUCACGAAGUUGCUUUCGUGCUGGGACAGUUGCAGAAUCCUGCGAGUAUUCCCGCUUUGACGAAAGUGGUGCGAGACGAAUCCGAAAGUAACAUGGUGAGACACGAAGCGAUCGAAGCUCUCGGUUCCAUCGGGACCUCGGACUGUGUCGAAAUUAUUCGUAAGUUUGUCGACGAUUCCGAUGACUUGGUUCGUGAAAGCUGCGUCGUAGCUUUAGACAUUCGAGAGUAUAACCAUUCGUCUCAAUUUCAACCUUUGGACGAGGACGUUUGAUCAAUGUGUACGAUUUUCCUCUAUUGUAAAUAACUAAAUAUACGUUUGUUGCGAUA